CUUUGGUCAGUCAACGACCGCCGUCACCACGUCACCAUUGCCUCGCUGUGCUGCCGGCAAACCACAUCAACAAUGGCUAGAACGACCCAAAUAAAGCGCAAGCAUAUGCAAAUUGCUCGCUUUUGCCGGCAGUAUCACCAGCUCGAGCCGGUCGUGGACUUCCCCGACGGCGAGUACCUGUGCGAUGCAUCAGUCCAGGAGACACUGUACGAGCAGCUGUUUAGCGAGGACAUCAAGAAUCCCGCACCCCCACGGUACCAGCUGAGAGUCCUGAAGGAGCUGGUGAAGAGGAUUGAGGAAAGUAUUGAGGACUGGGACCAAUAUGGCCUUUCGGACAAUCUCUACACAAGAUUAUCCCAUCUGCUCUCGCUGCGGUUACCCUCCGAGGCCGAUGCCGCGCAGCAAAAAUGCUACGUCACUUACCACCUGUCCCUUCUCGAUCAAAAUCUCGGCGUCGGCAGUUAUGCCUAUAAACAAGAUCCGGAUCAACCGGGCCGGGAAGAGGCAUCGUCGGCUUCUUCUGACGAGGAGCCGCACAUCACCCUCCUAGAAUCCCGCAACCUCAUCGCCGCCUCCGGCACUACCGGCCUCCGCACCUGGGAAGCCUCCCUCCACUUGGGGCAGUACCUCCUCACGCAUCCCUCCCUCGUCCGCGGCAAGCGUGUGCUCGAACUCGGCGCAGGAACAGGCUACGUCUCCAUCCUCUGCGCCAAGUAUCUCGGGGCCAAACAUGUCAUCGCCACCGACGGGUCAGACGAAGUCGUGGCCAACUUGCCUGACAGCUUGUUCCUCAACGGGCUUCAGGGGUCUGAUGCCGUCCAGCCGAUGGAGCUAUGGUGGGGUCACGCGCUUGUCGGCACCGAGGAGGCGCAAUGGAACGGAGGACGGGAAGUGGACGUGGUGCUGGGCGCAGAUAUCACAUAUGACAAAAGCGUUAUUCCGGCGUUGGUGGCCACGGUUGAGGAAGUAGUCGAACUAUUUCCCAAGGUGGAGGUAGUGAUUGCGGCGACGGAGAGGAAUCGGGAGACGUACGAGAGCUUUCUGAGCGUGUGUGAGGGCAGGGGGUUGGAGGUGGUUCAUGCGGAGUUUCCGGUGCCGCCUAGAUCUGAGCAGACUGGGCCGUUCUAUAAUGAUCUGAUGCCGAUACACAUCUGUCAGUUGAGGCGGAAGUAGGUAGGGGAGCUGGAGGGAGUAGGCUCGAGCUUGACGCCGGGGUGGUGUGUGUAAUUGAUAAGAGCUUAUCGGUCAACCUUGAUGGCUGUCGCAUUGUCGCUUCGUUCCUCUGACACCACGGCUAGACAACCAGGGAAAAGUCAAAACAGGGGAGCGCUGUCCUGGAUCAUGCUUUAGUUGUGGAAAAGAAAAUUGAAUACAUGAACAAAUCCC